CUCGUGUGUUGUCCGUUUCUUGAGGAUUAUUUUUGUUUCAAGUUGCUAUAAUUUAAUAUAAAAUGAUUAUUACGUGUUGUUUAGUGUACCAGCCUUACAUAAUACGCCUUUUAUCAACUUUAGUGAACUUUGGAAUGUGAUUACGGUGUUGUAACAGAGGUGCCUUCAAAAGUUUUUGACCAAUUUCAAAGUUUUGUGAAGUGGUACUUUUUAGUACUAAUACUUUUAACAAGAAAAUAUGUGUAGCAAAUCGAAUUAUUGGAUUUAAUCGACGAAAUUUUGGAUGAGAUAGCAUGACGUAGAUUUUGUACUAUCACUGCUGUCUACAAAUUCGACGAACGGAUUCAUUGUUUCAACGUUGACUUGAUGCGGUGACACGAUGGACGCGGCGGAUAAGCGGAUGCUGGAGCGCGAGGCGCUCCGUAACAUGAUCCAGCAAUGGAACGCUAACCGCCUCGACCUCUUCGAGCUCAGCGAACCUAAUGAGAACUUGGAAUUCCAUGGAGUUAUGCGAUUUUACUUCCAAGACUCUGGUCAGAAGGUAGCCACGAAAUGCAUCCGCGUCGCGUCAGACGCUACAGUCAGCGAUGUCAUAGAGAUCCUGAUCGAAAAGUUCCGUCCAGACAUGCGCAUGCUGUCACUCGGGUCUUAUUCGCUGUGGGAGACACAUGGGCCCGACGACGAGCGUAAGCUAGAGCCUCACGAGAAGCCACUUUUAGUGCAGCUUAACUGGCACGCCGAUGAUCGCGAGGGACGCUUCUUGCUCAAGUGCCAUAGCAGUAACGAGGUGCCUUUAUUGUCGGUCAACGAAAAGGGUGAUCAAAAUUUUAAGCGAAAAUUAUCUAAGAGAGAGAAAAAAGAACUAAAGAAAAAAGAGAAACUAUCCCGUUUGAAAUCUGAUACCAAUAAUGAGAAUCGACCUGUGGCUGAAAAAUUAUACACAGAGCUGCCGGAGACAUCGUUCACGCGCAGCAUCAGCAAUCCGGAGGCGGUGAUGCGUAGACGUCGGCAGCAAAAGCUAGAACGGAAACUACAGCAAUUCCGGUCCAAGGACGGCGGUCCAGACACUGGAGGAACGCUUAAAAUCUACGGAUCAUCACUAUGUCCAGAUGUGCCUUAUAAAACUUUACUAUUGUCUGUGGGAGACACGGCUGCUAGUGUUGUUCGCGAAACGCUAGACAAAUACGGACUUUCGCGACAAGAUCCGCAGCAGUUUUGCAUUGUCCAGGUGGACACAGCAGACAAUUCGGAGUCCAUCUUGGAGGAUGACGAGUGCCCGCUAGCUAUCGUGAUGACGCAUCCCCACCGCAGCUCCAUCAUGUUCCACGUGCGGCGGCGACCGGUAGACUCACAGCCGCGGCGGCGCAAGAAAAAAACGGGCACGGGCGCGAACACAGGCAACGGUCGGCCUGGCACCGAGCCCGCGCUGCUCGAAGUAGCGCCCGACGGGUCGCCGCUCGAGAACGGUCGCCGCGUUCGCAUCAUCGACGUUAUCGAGGUUGGAUCUGGCAACGGCACGGCACUUCAACUAUACGGGCCGUCGAUCCAGCCACGACACUGCGUCAUAGCUCCGGCGGAGGGCGGCGGCUACACCGUCACGCCACUACACACCGACGCCUAUGUCUAUGUCAAUGGACGCCGUAUCAUGCAUACGCAGCGUCUACAGCACGGUUGUCUUCUAAAGUUCGGGCGCGUAUCAACAUUCCGUUUCGUGGACCCGGCGCAAGAGAACCUGCUGAAUAGGAACCUAUCGCAGUCGCAGCACUUUGGCUCCGGCUCUAUAUACGACAGAUCGCCGACAUCACCUGGUGAUAACAGCGGCGCGAUGUCGCCCACUUCUAUGGCCUCCCAUCAACCAGAUCCGCUCGAUCCUAACGCCAACGCCGAGGACUACCCGCGCGCCAUGAGCCCUGACUCGCAAGAUGCUUACGCGUACAACGCUAAUGAUACCGUCGCACCAUACAACAAUAACACGCUAAAACUCGAUAAUGAAUCUCUAAUGAUGUCCCAACAUCUCAACGACUCUAAAGAUGAUUACAUACGAGAUGUGAGAGACGAGCAUUCAGGCUCGUUGUAUAACGAUCAGGAUCAAAGUGUCAAUAGGACCGCGAAUUCGCAGUAUAAGGAUAAUUAUGAGACCACGUUCGAUUUAGAUGGUAAUGUGGAGACUAAAAGCAUUUGCAGUGCGAAGAGCGGCGGGUCUGGCCACGACAACAGGUUGAGCGCAACAGUGCCGGCGUCGAGACCUGGUCAAGAACCAAUCUUGCCUGCAGUGUUGGAGUUCCCCGAGGCUGGUCAAGCGCAGUUUCUGCAAGCCGUCAUCACGCGCCUUGACCCCCAUGCGCCGGCCUUCAAACUAGCUCCUGUUUACACAUUGUACCUGUGCGCUAGAUAUCGAGCAUCGACACACUACCGACCCGAGUUGACUCCAACCGAGCGCGCUCACAAACUUACCGCCUUCCUACACCACGUUGCGACGCUUAUCCACACUACCGUCCAAGACCGGUGCACGGAUUCCGCGGCGCAGGCCUUUUGGAUGGCAAACGCGAGCGAGCUUUUGCACUUCCUCAAAUGCGACCGACACAUAUCUUCCUUUUCCACGCAAGCGCAGGAUUUACUACCUACUACCGUGCAGAAUGCUUUCAGCAAUUUAGUAUCGUGCUUCCAAGAAGAGUUAUCGAGAGCAUUAGCGACGUUAACUAACGCAGCAGUUGUGGACGCCACUGAAGCGACGGCGCCGACUCUUCAAACGCUCGCAGCAGCUAUGGUGUUACUACGGCGGUGUAGAGUCAACGCCGCGCUCACUAUACAACUAUUUUCGCAUCUCUUCCACUAUAUAAACGCUGUUUGUUUCAAUAAGUUGGUAACGGAGCCGGGUUGCGUAUCGGGGAGGUGGGGCGCGGCGCUGGCGGCGCGGCUGGCUAUGCUGGCGGCUUGGGCCGAGCGGCAGGGACUCGAGCUCGCUGCUGACUGCCAUCUCGCCAGGACCCACCAAGCCGCCCGGUUAAUCCAAAGCGAAUACCGCAAUGCAGACGAAGUUCGAGCAGCACUGUCAGCGUGUUUCAAGUUGAACUCUGUACAAGUCCGCGCUCUGCUGUCACCGUUGUGCACGUCUGACGUCGUAGAGGCAGCCGUUGCUCACGCUCGAGCCUUAGCCGACGAACUAUGUAGAGCUGAUGGGAGAGAGAUAAGGCUGGAAGAAAGCGAGUGGUUGGGCGCUGGCCUUCUAAUACCUGGUGACGGAUUCAGUGCAGAAGUAGUCCGUGGCGUCCCUCCGGGACUAGCAGAGUUUGUCGCGCCUCUUCAAAGAGGAGGACUAUGCCGUCUGGCGCACCAACCGCACGCGGUUGGCGUAUGGACAGUCUAUAUGACAGGAUAUGGAUCACAGAAUCGACGUCCGCCCGACCCAAGAGUACAGAUAAUACAGUUAAACAAGAAUUCGAAUGGGAUGGGACUUAGUAUUGUUGCGGCUAAGGGAGCGGGCCAGAGCAAAUUAGGCAUCUAUAUAAAGUCCGUGGUACCGGGUGGCGCGGCGGCUGCUGACGGCCGUCUUGCAGCUGGGGACCAGCUGCUCUCCGUCGACGGACAUUCUCUCGUGGGAAUUACACAAGAAAAGGCGGCAGAGUACCUAGUACGGACCGGGCCCACGGUGACACUAGAGGUUGCCAAGCAAGGAGCUGUGCUCCACGGUCUCGCCACGUUGCUACACCAGCCUGCGUAUAAUCAACGACAAGCGACGGGCACAGGCAGUGGUGGCGCGAUGCGGCGCGCGUCAGAGCGUGACUUGCCUUCGCGGCUGGCCGCUGAGCCUGUUAAGCCUAGCAAAAGCACUCCCGCGCUGCAUCAGGUCGCGUCACCGCCGCCACAAUUCCAUCCCCCUAGCGGCACACUAAGCCCGGUGUCAAGCGGUCCAGUCGGUGGUGGAGUUUCGGGCGCUGCAUGGGCCAGCAAGUCCCGCAGUAGCCACAACCUCUCGCAGCCGCAGCACGACGCUUUCUACCAGAACCUCUCCGCUGUGCACUCUCAGCAGCAACUGCAGAACAGAUGGUCGUCGUUGCGCAGCUCAACGGGAAGUAACCGACCACAGUCCGCUCACUUCUCAGCAGUCAACGCGGAGCGGCCGCCUGAUUCACCAUUGCUACAACAAGCAAAUAUAAUGAAUGCCCGCGCUGCAAAACUAGCAGAAAUGUCCGAGGAAGUAACACGACGGCAGCAGCAGCAGCAGCAACAACAACAACAACAACAACAAAUGUACCAUGGAAAGCCCCCACCGUUGUUAACGCAUCAGCAUCCAAAUCAAGCGCUCAGUCAGAGCCAGCAAAUGUUGGCGCAAACACCACCUGGUCCCAUGAUGACUCAAACUAACCACAUCAUGACGCAAAACCAUCAGAAUCAUCAGAGUCCUAUGAGUCCGAGUAUGCAUAUGCACGGGCCGUUGUCGCCGCAAUUUGCGCCACAGUCACCUCAGCUGCCACACGUGCACAGCCCGCCGCCGCAUAACAAUCAGCAAAUGUACCAUAACCAGCACAUGUCACCACAGAGGUACGAGUGGCAUCCACCUGGACCGCCUUCUCCGCAACGGUCUCAACCGCCUGUCGCUCCGAAGCCACAGGGUGUCAGACGAUCAGAGGCAGAAUUAGAAGAACAACUACAUCAACAACAGCAGCAGACUGGCACGCUGCAGCCCGAUGACGAGCGCUAUGUGGCGAGUGCAUUGGAGCCGCCGGCCGUGUCAGUAUACCCGCUGAGCGGCGCUAGCGCGCCGCGCGGCCAGCCGCCGCACAACCCGUGGCAGCGCGAGGAACGCGAGAGGCAGGCCGAGGCCAGGCGGGCUAAGGCCAGGGCUCGAAGGGACGCGGCGAUCGCCCAACUGUUGGCGAUAGGGUCGUCGCGCACACCGGUACAGAAUCAGCAGCUGCGAGCGCUGCAGCUCGAGAGGGACUUCGAGCGGCGCGCCACACAGCACGAGGAGGACGUUACGAACGCGGAGACAGGCGCGGAGGAAGAGCGGCUAUCUCCCGAACCGGUGGAGAGCGAACCCCGUGCCCAGCAGACGCAGCCACAACCGCCGCCGCCGCCCAAGUCCAUACUCAAAACCAACACGCGUCCUGAAACCACUAACGGAUAUCCACAGGACCCUGCGUCAGAGGAACAGCGUAUGCUUGAGUUGUCGUCGGGCGUAGCGGGCAUCGGCAUGGGCGCGGGUGCGGGCCCACCGCCGCCGCCUGAACGCGGCUCGUCAUUCGCUGUGAUGGCGUCACACGCGCGUGCGCUCUCGCCGCAAGCCUCGACGCACCACCUCUCACUUGCCACACCGCCGACCAGUCACCAGCCCGCGCAUGCCACGACCAAUGAUCAUGCGCCGCAGCCACACUCUCCUCCGAGCACAGGUCGCGACAAACGCGUGUCGUUCCACGAACGAGCGUCGACGGCGCCUGCUGCAUCAGUUGCUGCGCCCAUGCCGCCGACGUCGUCACCGCCACCGCUUCACGAUCCACCACCGCCGCCGCAGGCUCCGCCGCCUACCAGACACGAUCCCGAUCGAUUUAUCGAGGAAGCUGAAACCAUGCUGGCGGGCCCUGCGUCACCGACGACGCCGACAUCGGCAGCAGCCGCCGCGCUCGCGCACACGCCUGGCGUCAUCGGCGCACAGGAAGUCUAUAGAGACCCGCGUGCCCGGCGUUUGGCCGAGAAAGAAGCUCAAGAGGCGCGUGCAGCGCCGCCCGCUGUGCCUGAACAGCUCUCAUUCAAGGAGAAAAUGAAGAUGUUCGCUCUCGAAUCGGGCGAAGCCUCAACACCUAAGGACAAGGUCAAAAUUUCAAGAGCCCAAAGAGACAUCGACGCAGUGCAUUAGAGACGUAAUUGUAUGAAAUUUACACUUUGGAUUACAUGAUAAAAUCGCUAGAAGUGACGUAUCAGUAACAGAAAGUUACAUUUUAUAUUUCAGUAUUAGAAUUAUCUAUCUACAAGUAACUUAUCCAGUUCGCAAAUAUUUACGAUUAUUUAAUAUUUUUACACACUAAUUCCAUAAGAGAUUAUACAAAAUGUUUGUUGUAUGAAAUGUAUCUGGAUUCAUAUUUUAGAAUUCUGACAUAAUGAAUGCAUUCUUUUUUAAGUGUAAUAAGUGGUGAAUCUUGAGAGCUUGUAACGUGAUCGUGGUCCACGUAUUUGCCUUCAUUUGAACAUAGCACCAAUUUACAUGUCAAUCCUAGUAUAUAAGUAACCGUUACAAACGAAUAUAUUUUUACUUAGCGUAUUUUAAUUCAGAUUUAUAAGUCGCCUUAGCAGCUAGUGCAGAUUUAUUAUUGACGUCCCUUAAGCUAUUGAAUAUGUAUGUUUUCUUAUACUGACGAUAAAGACGUAUUUUAUAUGUAUUGACAGAAAAAUGGCACAGAGAAAAGAUUGAACAAAAUUGACUAAAUUAAAUAUGUGCCAUUAAAAUAGCGUAUUCUAUAUAUGUAAUGUUUUAUGUUAUUUACAAUACUAGAUAUAAACUCUGAGAAGGACCAAUGAUACAGUCAACGUUGGUAAGUUGGCGCCUUUGAAUGUACCUUAGUAUCAUUAUCAUCACAUAUCCAUGGCGUCUAUUCGUAUGCCGCUAUUUACAUUAGACGAUUUUCAUCGCACUACACCUUAUUUUUAAGUAUGUACACAAACGCAUGUUCGAUCACUAUUCUAAUAAUUUUACCGUACCUUUCAUCGUUUGGCACCACGAUUGAAAUCGCCUAUGUUAAUAGGCCUCGCUAAAUAUCAUAUAUCAAUCACCUUCUACUUUUAAGCUUCGUUACAUUCCAAAGAAUAUAUCCUUUAUUCUUAAUUCUAUUAAGAAGCAUUCCUAUCUUCUCGACUAUUCGAAUUCUAUGUGUGUAACACAAUGUUGCAUAUUUAUAUCGAGAUUACCUUAUUGUUCAGAAUGUAUCUACUCAUAUUGAUUUCAACUUAAAGCAAUAAGUCAUUGUGAAGCCUUUGUUGUAAUUAUUCAAGUAAAUAGUAAUAAUAUAUUAUAGCACGUAUUUGUGCCAAAAUUUGUAUAUGUUCGAGGGGAAAGAUCGUUGUAAUGGCGAUGGCAGCUACACUAUUGGAAAGUCGCAGUGAUUAGUUUGUUGGCAACUUAUAAUAAAUGGAGUAGCUAUAGUAAUCUGGCAAAAGGUUAGUUUGACUCGGGCUAAUCGGUUGCUAUUUUUUGUUAUAAUGCAUGUUUCAGCGUACCGCGCAAGCACCAACGUAGUGUAUAUAAUGUAGGUAGAGAAAAUCCUUAUAAUUAUGUUAAGGUUUUUGUACACCUGUUUGUAUAUGUAAAUGUUUAUUUAAAGAUUAUAUCAAGAGUUUACACAUGAAAGAAACGAUAGGCCUAUUCGGAGGUAGACUUAGUUUAAGCUAGUGCCUGAGAAUUAUUCUAGAAUAUUCUCAGUAUUCACCCAACGAUAGUCAAUUAGAAAAUGAUUGAGAUUUAUUUGUAAGACGGAGUUGUUUUUUUAUUUUAUGCCAUUGUUAGCACUUGUCAAAGUAAUACAAAUACUAUACUAUGUAUUUGCAGUGCAACUCCAAUUUAUGAUGUUUCAACGUAUUGUAAUUGGGAUAGUUACAUCCAUUACCUACACAAAUUAAUUGUAUGGUUAUUAACAGUAAUUAUUGUAUUUCUACUUGAAAAAGUAAUAAAUAA